CAAACUUUCUCCUGAGUUUGAGCGACACCUCGGUGGCGCGCGGGGCCAGCGCGAGUGCGCAACACUUUGAAGGCGAAUUCCAGAAAGGAAGAACGAAGCGAACCGAGCCGAACCGUAGGUGAUGUUCGAGGAAGAGGCGAUGCAAGACGAGUCAAGUUCCCCGGAAUCCCCGGUGGACAGUCUCGGUAACAGUGAAGAGGAGCUCGACAGGCAACAGAAGCGCAGCACAAGAAAAAGGAGAGCUAGUCGAAGAAGCGGAGAGGACUCGGACAGCCCGACACCAGGCUCUGGGAAAAGAGGCAAAAAGUGCGCCGGAAGCCCGCAGUCCUUCGAGGACUUGCAGACGCAGCGCGUCAUGGCGAAUGUGCGGGAACGGCAACGCACGCAGUCCCUGAACGAGGCGUUCGCCUCCCUGCGCAAGAUCAUCCCCACCCUGCCCUCGGACAAACUGAGCAAAAUACAGACUCUCAAGCUCGCCGCGCGCUACAUCGACUUCCUCUGUCAGGUGCUGCAAAGCGACGAGUUGGACUCCAAAAUGGCGAGCUGCAGUUAUGUGGCUCAUGAACGGCUGAGCUAUGCGUUUUCCGUGUGGAGGAUGGAAGGCGCAUGGUCCAUGUCAACAUCUCACUAACGCGCACAGACCUGCGGCUUCUUUGGAGAGCGAUGAUUUCUGACUGAGCAGCAGAAGGACAGCAGCAGAAAGCCUGCGCACAGCCAGAGGACCAAAAGGAAGAGUAAGCAGGCCCGGAUUAUAGCCAAACAGGGAAGGUUUUGGAGACAGUCUUACCGGGGUGGACCGGUGGCGUCGUCGCGAGCACUUAACGACAGUAUGCAAGGAUUUUUCUUCAAGAUCCGUGCUUGUAAAUGCGGUGAAUUUUGACGAUGAAUGUUGGAACUUUAUUUUUGUGUAGGCUAUAUGCAUGCAUUCCGACAAGCCUUGCCAUCUCAUACCAAACCACAAAGACUGCAGCAGCAGGAAGAAGGCGCUUCAUUUCGGGCUGACAGCGUGGAGCCACGAAUAUGAAUGUCGUCCUAUUUAUUUCGUCAAAGAACGAAACUUGGCUCAUAUCUGUAUAAAAAUGUUUUUUUCAUCUGGUCUAUGAA